UAGUCUAUCUUGACAAAGUAGCACCCCACCUCAAUUUUGAGAUCAGAGACUCAAAUUCAAAGGCCGGCAAACAAGAAGCCAUGGCAAUGGCGACCAUGGCAUAUCUAACCGUCAUAGCUCUUUCAAUCACCGCCGUCGCAUCCGACACCCCCGCCGCCACUCAAUACACCAACCACACCGUCGGCGGCGUCUCCGGAUGGUUCUUCAACACCACCACCAACACCUCCUCCACUAAUUACACUUCUUGGGCCGCCUCUCAAACCUUCAAUCUCGGUGACUAUCUAAUAUUCAACACAAAUACGAAUCAGACGGUGGUCCAAACCACCAACGACACGACCUACCAGAGCUGCAGCAUGGACGACGCAUCGAACGACACGUUCCACUACGGCGGAGGCAGCAACCAGUUCGGGCAGGCGAUAGUGAUCCCCGUGCCGUUGACGAGCCAAGGGACGAACUACUUCUUCUCCGACACCGACGAUACGAUCCAGUGCCAGCAAGGGAUGGCCUUCCAGAUCUUCGUCAAUCUCGGCCUCGGCCUCCCUCCGAGCCUCAACCAGCCUCCUCCUCCGCCCUACGUCGAGCCUCCGACGCCGUCCGAUUUUCCGUCGCCACCCGGCACGGUGGUCACCACCAACCAGCAGACUAGUGGCGGUGCCAACUUGCGUUGGGAGAUUUGGGAUAUGCUUUUUGGAGCUUGUUUAUUAUUAGCAUGGCGGGGGUUGUAAUUUGGAAGAUUUCUGAGGCUAAAGUUGGGGAUUUGAGAGCGUGGGUUUGGGUUGGCAUUAGUCACAUUGAAUAUUGUUUGGUUAACAGCCGUAGGAUGAACUUUUCAACGGAUGCCAUUUCAUGUUUUGUUUUUUUUUGGCACUAGAUUCAAAUACAAUUCUUUCAUCACAUGUUUCUCUGAUAAGUAUUGACUCCCUGCUGUCUUUCUAGCGCUGAGCAAAGAAUUCGCGAAAUUCGUA